CCCUUUGCAACAAAAAUGACUGAAAAGAAUGGUUAUCAAAACUCUCCAUCAGUAAAAAAUCUUGACUCGUUUUAUGCACUCUUGGCAAAGUAUGGAGCUCGACCCUCCCCACCUGGGGAAGAGUGGGCUCGAGACAAUUGGGCAAAUUUACAGAGUGUAACAGACCGAGUGAUUUCUAUACAUAAUGAGGCUAGAUCACGGUCAGGCAAAGGCAAAGUGAUAAUCUGUGCAGUUCUUGGAGCCAGCCUUGUCGCAGCAAUUGAAGACCGCUAUAAGCAGCGUAGCCAGGAAAAACAAAUCAUAGAAUCCCUUGAAAAUUUGGUACAACUUUUGCAGAAAACAACCUCCAAUCUGGAAGAGCAGGUAGCAGAGAAAGAGAGAGUAAUUAGCUUGUACAAACAGCAAGCAGAGGAAAAGGAGGAAGAAAAUCGCUGUCUAAAAGAUGCCUUGAAAGAAGAACUUUCAAAGUCUGCUGAAUCAUUGAAUGAGAUGGAAAAGGUAGGUAUUCGGCAAAUAAGUCAGGUAUACCCCCAAAAGGAACUAGAGGAAGCAAGGAAAUGCUUCAGGGAAAACCCCCAAGUGAGGCCUUUGAUUAAAGCAGAAUAUGCUUAUAUAAAUGAUGAGGAUAAUGACCCACAUAUUACAACUAAAGAGAUACCAAUUCCCACUGAAUUGGCCAAAAUGAAAAGAGAAUAUGGGCGCCUUCCCAAAGAAUCCGAAACAGAGUAUGUGUGGCAUGUAUCUUUAACUGGAGGGGACCAAAUUCAGUUAAAUGAAAGGGAAGCUAGUGGUUACUGGGGCCACGGUGUCUUUUUAACAACAGGGGAUAGACGUGCCCCAUGGUCCCUAACCCAGCGGGCUGCCUAUUGGGCCGGAGGGCUGAACCCCUUAGACAGGGGAGAUCCCCUAGCAAUCACAGGCACAGUUGAUCAAUUGCUAGAAAGUGUGAACAAAGCAGCCUGCCUGCAGAUGAUACAUGAAAGGAAGUUAGUUCCCGGAUGUGAAUCCCCAAUGAUGUUGCCGGUGAAUCCUGAAAUCAUGACUCCUUUGAUAAGGGGACUCCCAGAAUCACUCAAAUCUACCGGGAUUGUUCUCCAAAGGACCACAGGGUCUUUAGACGCUGUAGAAAAGUUGGAGAGCUUUAUUAAAGGCAAAAGAGAUGAAAUUGAUGUUGGCACAGAUUCACCUUUCAAUUAUAGCUCGUCUCCUUCCCACUCAAAACAUAAAAGGAUGUGGACAUGGGGAGAUGUAGCACAGGAAUUGAUAGAUUAUAGCAGAAAUUAUGGUCCUGUGAGAACUUUGGAGGAGAAAUCUAAAGGAAUCCGUCAAGUAGGAGCUAAAGAUCUACCCCUAUCUGUUAGUAAAACUGUAACUGCUCUCACUGACCCCGCCACUGUUGCUGACUACUCCUACUCUAAAACUGGGGGAGGAGGAAGACAGCCCCUGACUCGACAACAAUGGUGGGCUUUGGGAAUUAAAAAGGGAGUUCCCAGAGAUGUGAUGGAUGGUUUACCCCUUAAUAAACUGAGAAAACUGAUAUCAAAGUGGUAUGGUCCGAAACAACACCUACAG